UCCUGUUCUUGAUCGUAUCAAUCACACCGACCCACGUAUGUAACAUAUCCUCCCGGUAUCCGGGUACCACGAAGUACUACUGCCCAUUUGGCUUUCAAGAAACGUUGAAACUUUUCCCAGUAAUGGUACGGGAUUGCAGAGAAUUUUUCGGUUAACGGUCAUGACAACCAUUAAUUACCGACUUGGUUACCGGAUCAUAAUUUUAUUUUGUUACGUAGGGCAGUCAGGUUGAAACAUUGCAUUUAGAGGACGUUCUGGCUUAACCACCUUCAUUGAAAGACGCAACUGAACACCAAGGAAGGAUACACUAAGUGCCGUGAGACAUACAAACAUGGCAACAACAGUAGCAGCAAUUGGCAACAGCCUGUCGAGCUCAGCUCCUGAAAAUGUCACAAUGACGUCACAAUAUGUAUCAUCACCGUCUACCUCUAUAUCCACGCCCACUUACGUUUCUAAAAUCUUCAAUUCGACGACGGCCGGUAAUGACUUGACGAUGUCGACCUUCUAUAUGAUGACGACGUUGAAUGACACCGACGACGACGUCGUCCCCGCAAAUCCCCUGCACGACAGACUUAGAUUGUUCAACAAGGUGUUAUUGCCGGUUUUGAUGGUGAUCAUUAUGACGUCGAUCGGAUGCCUCGUCACCAUCGCAGGACUCAAAGAAGCGAUUCGUCGUCCCGUCGGCAUAGCAAUUGGUUUUGCUGGCCAGUUCGUUGUUCUGCCUCUCUUAGCAUUUUGUAUGGCCGUGGCACUCAAAAUGGAACCAGCGCAUGCUCUUGGCAUGAUGAUGGUUGCUACGUCACCAGGGGGCGUGUCUUCCAGUCUCUUCGUCUAUUGGAUGAAUGGAAACAUUUGUCUUAGUCUCUGCAUGAGCACGGUUGCUACGCUUGCUUCGGUGGGGAUGAUGCCUCUCAAUCUCUUCAUCUACACCAGGUAUUGGGAAGCGGCUCAAAUCAAUAUCCCCUAUCUCGAGAUAGCCACCGCCCUGGCCCUCAUCCUUAUCCCAGUCUUCAUCGGUAUCCUCAUCCGACAUAAGAAGGAGAAAUGGACGCCUUAUAUCAUCAAGGCCGGCAGCAUACUGGGUCUCAUUGCCAUCCUCAUCAACAUCAUCGUCAACACGGUCAUCAACAAAGCCAUCUUCAUGACAUCGUGGUCGGUAUGGUUCUCGGCCAUCUGUCUUCCUUUCUUCAGCUUCGGUCUCGCGUACCUCAUCGCCUGGAUCCUUCGACAGGACCCCACCAACUGCCGGACCAUCGCCGUCGAGACCAGCUCGCAGAACGUCGCCCUCACCCUCGCCAUCAUCGGCGUUUCCUUCGCCGAUCAGGAGCUCGACGCCCUGGUCGUCUACCCGUCGCUCUACAGCAUCUUCCUGACCAUCGACGGGCUCCUCAUGAUACCCAUGUAUUGGGUCGGUGUUAGGUAUGUUCUCCCCAAGUUAGGAUGGGGAGAGGUCCAUGAGAAAGAUACAGAGAGCCCUGCAGACCCCGAAGGAGGACUGAAACCCGGCGAAGGAGGGCUGAAACUCAUUAUUCCAAAAUACAAAAGAGAACAAUCGAAAGACUCGAAUGUGACAGUAAUGACCCCGCUAAGCUAGGAAGCGAAGGUGUAUUUUUUUUUAGAUUGGCGACUAACGAUAAAUAGCGAACAAUAUGAUUACGCGUUAAUAUAUAUAUAUCUUUUAACAUUCCUAUGUUUUUAAUAUUUCGAUAUCUUCGAUAUUUAUUUCUUUCAUUUGUAUGAAAGCGCUCCUUUCAUGUCGGUGUGUGAUUCUUACUCUUAUGUAAUUUUGUAUGAGUUAAUUGUAUAUGCUGAAGAAUUAUUUAAUCACCCGUGUUCUUUCUUCCAGCAUUAAGAGGUAAAGAGCUUUUAUGAUUCGGUUUAAAACUAUUUUUAUAAUCUUGAAUAACUCUUUUGAUUUCCAAAGAUACCUCAAACACAAAAUGUUAAGUUCAAUACCAGUUAUAUUGUCUGUGAUAUCAUCUUUGAAAAAGAGGGCCUAGCAUCUAUUUGCAAGAUGCUAAAAGAUUUUAGCUUCAUUGGAUAGAGCAUUAUACAUUCCGCGCCAAUGGUUUUGUCUCGAACCUCACCCGCAGGUUGGAAAUCGCGUUAGAAGUCGACAUUGCAAUCCUUACUCGCAUUGGCAUUUCCAUAAUUAUCUAUGACCGAGAAUUACGUACUAAACUAUUAAACAUUUAAACAUUAAUGUGCUACAUUAUACUACGAAAUGAGUUGAUAUGACAUCAUGAACGUUAACACAAUGGCACGUGUGACAUUACGUUAUUAAAAUCGUCGAAUAAGUACACACCACCUUUCCUGGUAAAAGUUUCAAGUAUAAUCUCUAGGUUUUAUUUUUCUCUUUCUCCUUCAAAUUUCAUUUUUUUUAAACGAGAUAUUCGUACGAAAUUAUGUAGAUAUGUACAUAAUUUGCGGCAAAGUUUUGAACGAUCUAAAGUUACUAUAUAUUAUUGUACAAAUCAUUGCCAUAUACUACAUCUAUUUUCACAAGGUAUGUUUAUUUUUCAUUUUCUAAUAAAUUGCGAAGCGAUCAAGUACAGUGAUGUAUGAUUGUUGAAUAAAAUGUCCUCUAUGAAAUCAAGGUGGAAGUUUAUAAGUUGUAACGUUGCUUCAUUUUACCAACCAUCUACAUGUAUGAUGCUUUCAAAAAGUGUAAAUUGAGUACGCCUUCUCUCAAUUAAGUUUACCCAUUUGUUUGGUCUUUCUAUCUUUACUAAAUGUUUCCCCCAUCUAUCCAAUAGCUACCUCACUCGUUUCUAUGUACUCAGAUAGUAUUUCCCGUUGUUAAUUUAAUAUUCAUUGCUCACUUCUCCCUAUAAACGCUAGUUAUCUUUCUCUUUCUAUCCCCCUCCCCCAUAUUCCAGCUCCCCAAGUACCCCUUUCAAUCCUUUUUAUACUUUCUUCUCUCAACACUUCUCUCCUUUCUACUCCGUCUCCACCCCUCCCUCACCAACCUCUCUCCCACAAUCAGGAGACAGACUUUUACACAAGCCCCGGCCUUCAUGUCUUGUCUCCAAAUACUUCCAUUAAUGUGCAUGUUUAUAUUUUUCCAUUGUUCUUUGUGUCGUCUGCUUAUGUUAUUCUCAUGUUACAUCUUGAUAUUAUUUUGUGAAUGUUCUACGUGUUUGUUUACCUUUGUAAUAUAUUUAAUGAAAGUAUUGAAUAAAUUGAACUUGAACUUAAACAUA